CAUCAGAGUCACAGAUUCAUUACCCUCUCCCCUGUCUUUCUCCUUCUCCAACAUUAUUCUUUGUCUAAAAUGGCACGAAUGAAGCUCUCUUUGUAGAUAUUGACGAAGCAACUGAUGAUGAAGAUUUCAAGGUGGUUCCCAAAUCUCUUCUAACUUCUUACCUUAUUCCCAAUCUUUGAAGUGAGGGAGAAUGAAGUAGUAUCCUACCAAAGAGAUUUGAAGAGCCUCAGAAAGAUGGAGGCAAUUCUCUGUCAAAUGAAUAGAGAAGAUUAGCUAGUGCAAGCUCCACUGUCACAACACCCAGGUAUAACCUCAUUGUUAAUGAUGUUAUGGUAUGUGAUACUACUUUAUCUAUGGACUUUUAAUAUGAUUUAUAUUUAUAUUGGAGGCUAAUUAUUGAAUUCAAACUUGCAGACUCAAAUGAAUGAGUUAGCAGAGCACAUGGAGGGAUCUUCUACUGACCCUGCAGCAUUACAGGAGCAAAUCUUCACACAAAUUAUGGGCCCAGAGCGACCUGGUCGUGUUCGGACGUUUGGAUUGGGACCGUCACCCACUGAUGUUUUUGGAGGUGGAUAUAGGCGGUCACAAGAGCAGAAUCGUCUCUUCCAAACUCAAGUUCAAGAACAAGUUCAAGAGCAACUUCAACGGUAUCAAAUGCAGUUUGAGUCGAAGAUGAAUGAAGUAAUGGAGAAACAAAUUCAGGCUAUACGCACAGAUUUUCAGUCACGAAUUCAAUUUUUGGAAUCUCAAUUGCAAGCUGCAGGCGUGCCCGUUGAUCCAGUUGUUGCACCAUCAAACCCAUUACAUAGGCAGCAGGUUGUGGAUUCACUUAGUAGUCAUCCCACUGUUCGGCCAAUGUCACAUCAACAACAAUCUCAUGCAUUUUCAUCCCAAGAGGUUCACCUUUCAAAGAAAGAGAAGAAGAAUAAGAAGAAAAAGAAGAACUAACAAGGUAAACGUACUAAUAUCAC